GGGGCCGGCGGAAGCAGCGGCGGGGCUGGGCCGGGCCGGGCCGGGCCGGGCCGGGCCGGGCCGCGCCGCGCCGCGCCGAUGCUGCCCGCGGGCCGCGGCCGAAGGGCGGCGGCGGCGCUGAAGGCGGCGCUUGGCGAGGUCGCGGAGCGGCGGCGGGAACUGGAGCAGCGGGCGGCGCGGAGCCGGGCGCUCCUGGGGCGCUGGGAUGAUGAGGAAGAAGAGCGGCCGCAGCCACAAGCAGGCUCCAGCCCUGAGCAUGAAGACAAGCCUUCAGCCAAGGAGCUAGAGGAGCUGGAACUGCUGAACAGGGCCUUAGAGAAGGCACUGAAAGUCAGGAAAAGCAUCUUGAAAACUCCAUUAGAGGCUCAGGGAGCUAGAGGACAGAAAUGGGCAGGUGAGGCACAUGCUCCCAAGAAAGCUGAAGAGCAGCAGGCGCCUGUACCUGCUGAGGAUGUUCCUGAGUGCAGGAAGGUGAGAGCUGGAGGCAAAAAGCCUUUGUUGUUGAAGAAGCCCUCCCCAUACCAGUUAAGAGCCCCUUACAGGACUGACCCAGAUGUGAAGAAACUGCAAAGGAAAGUCCCAGCCAGAUGUGUUUCUCAAGCUCCCAGGACAGCUGGGAAGAUUUCCUCAAAAGGAGUGACUUCCAAACAGGGAAGGAGUCACAGGACAGCAACUGGUGCCAGUGCUCGAGAAGUCUGUGCUGCAGCUGAACCCAAGGAGACACCAGGCUUGUCUGAAUCUGCCCCAAAUGAGCAGCAAAGCUUUUCUGGAGGGGAUUCAGCUCCAGGAAAGAAUUCCACAGUUGCUGGCAAGCAGUUACUUGAUGCAGGGAAGAAAAGUUGUGGUUUCCUGGGAGAGUACAGCAAAAAGAAGGACACUGCAGGUGCAUGGGGAAGGAGCACCUCACCAGGGACAGGCACCCUGCAGGAAAAGGGAUGCCAGCUGAACCUCCCCCUUCCCUACAGGAAAGCCUAUUCCAGGAAUUCCAGGGCAUGGGAGAGAUGUCGCCUGUGCCAAACAAGUGCAGAUGCAGCAGCUGCAAGGACCCAUUUUAUGGAGAGGAUCCAGACAACUUUUUGCUCCCCAAAGCUGACCCCCAGUCCUGCAGAGAUAGAGGAGGAAUUAAGGGGCCUCCAGGAUGUCCCCUCCCGUCUGAGGCAGUAUAUGGAAGCUGAGCCUGCAGACCCUCCCACUCUGCAAAGAGAGUAUGAAAGCCUUCUGACCUUGGAGGGUUUGCAAAGCACAGUGUCCCAGUGCCUGCAGAAGCUGCAGCUGCUGCAAGAAGCUCUGGAGUCCCAGCUGAGGCUGUGCCCAAACUGCCCUGGGGAUGUGGGGAGCUGCUCUCCGGCCUGUGUCCCUGCCAGGGGACAGACAUGUGACAGUGCAGACAUGUCGGCCUUGCCUCUCCUCUGUUACUCCAGUCUCCAGGAACUGAGGGACCUGUUUGCCUUGAAGGUGCAAGUGUCAAUGAUGCACCAAGAGAUUGCCUUACAAAAGGGAACAAUCAUGGAAUCACAGAGUAACUUUGAUUUGGAAGAGACCCAACUCCUGGCCCUGCAUAGACAGCCCAAGAAUCCCACCCUCUGCCUGAGAGCAUUGUCCAACCACUCCUGGAGCUCUGGCAGCCUUUAGAGAGGUGGCUGACACAUGCAGUUGUCCUCUCUCCUGAGCAGGCAGUGUGCAGCAGGCUGGGUGAGUUUUGGUGUGCAGGCUGCUCAGACUUCAUAACCUCAUGCCAGAUGAAAAAAGAAAAAAACAAAAAUCCCAGGCAAAAUGUCUGUCUGAGCAUUAAUUCAGGAGUGGGGCACCAAAGACCAGCUUUUGUCCAGUGAUUGAAGUGACCUGUGCUUGAGUUGUCAGUGAGUCCUAAUGCCAGAGCUGAUGCUGAUGCUGCCCUGCGUUGUUUGACAGCAUGGGUUGAGAUCCCAGCAUAGGCUUAACAGAGCAACAGCCAGGCCAGGGAAUGUUGGACAGCCUGAGCAGCCCCCGUAGCCUGUUUGGGAUGGAGUUGCCACUCACAGCUCUGGCAUAACUGGGAGGUGAUGGGAACAGUCCUGAGAGAGGGGUUGAACUUUACCCUUGGGUGAGUGAGCACUUCACUGUGUGGCUGCAGAGCUCCUGAACCAGCCCCAGCUGCAGUUUCUUGCAGGGUGCUGAUCUCAUCGCAGUGCUGGGCCUUCCCUGCAGCAGGGCAGCAGCACUGCCACUUGACUCUGCUCUGGAAAUGCUGGGUGGCUGCUGAGGCAGCUCACGAG